GCCAGGCCCCUCCUCCCCGCGCCCAGCCCUUCCCGGAAGGGCGGCCCCUUCCCGGCCAGCGCGGCGGCGGCGGCGGCGGCAUGGAGCGGUCCGAGGCCUACGGCUUCUCCGCCGCCAUGAGCGGCGCCUUCCUGCUGUCGUGCCUGCUCUUCGCGGCCAUCAACCGCCGCCAGCGCGGGCCCUACAUGGACGAGGCCUUCCACGUCCCCCAGGCGCAGGCCUACUGCCACGGCCGCUUCCUCCAGUGGGACCCCAUGAUCACCACGCUGCCGGGCUUGUACCUGGUCUCGGUGGGAGUAGUGAAGCCCGCGGCGUGGCUCUUCGGGUGGACGGGAAGCGUGGUGUGCUCUGUGGGAAUGCUCAGGUUUAUUAACCUCCUUUUCAGCGCUGGGAACUUCUAUUUACUGUAUUUACUUCUGCUCAAGAUCCAUCUGAAGAAUAAGUAUGCAGAUCAAUGUCCUGGCUCUGAUCCCUUCCCUGUACUAACGCUAUGAAGAGUGUGGUUAACUCAGAUUCUCCUGUCCAAUGUUUUUGCAACCUUGUUUCUUCUAAGGAAACCUUAAAGCCAUUAUGAGUAGGUUUGUUAUAUCAGUCCCUGUUUGUUUAUAUAUACGUUGAAGGGGCAAGAGAAACCCCAAAUGGGUUGCUUUUCAAGAAUCCCACGUGGUUCUUGCAGAGUCCAGGAUGUUGUCUUGUGUUGUGAUUUUAGUAUGACAGAUUUGAGGGAGGAAGUCUUGCAUGCCUUCCGCUUCCAAUUCUGUUUUUGUAUACCAUGGCAGUAAAAACAUAAACAAGGUAAAGAGCAUAUGCGUGUAUUAGUACAACUUCAUUUGUGUCCUCAAAUUUUAGUACAGAGUGAGUGGAAAUGGUAACAUGGAAAGGGGUGGGGCUCUGGCUGGAAUUCUGAGUUGUCUUCUAGGUCAGUUUUUUUUUCUGGCUUUAUGUAGGGGAGUAGGUGUUCAUUCACUUGACAAGAUGCAAAAAUUUCUGUGCUUCCAUAGUCCACAGGCGUUUUGUUUUGUGCAGCAUCUCUGUUGAUACUGGUAUCUGAAUGCCUUCGAUUAUCAACGCUGUUAAGAAACAGUGGUUUUGCUUCCUACCUAACAGAGACAGCAGCCAGAUUUCAGGUGAAAAGAACCAAGUUUAAAUAUAUAUAAUUUUAAUGCAUUUCUUUUAUAAAGAAAAGUGAACGCAAAAAGUCCCCCAAAAUUUAGAGCAGCAUACCUUCUAAUGAACUCCUCAUCACAAGACACUAGAAAAAUUACAUGUAGAGAGAUGUGUGUGAACUGUUCGGGGUUUUUAACCAAUAUUAUAAGAUGGCAUAAUAUUUUAUGGGGAUUUAUCAGUGUACUUAUGUAUUUUAAUUUAAGAGUACAAUUAUUCUCAAUGUGUUUUGCUAAUUUAAAUGCAGUCUGAGUUGAUGUAAGUUUAAAGAGGGAAGUCCAUGAAUUACUAAAACAUGAAAGAAUUUAUUUUUAGAGUAAAGCUAAGUUUUCACUUUUGCUGAUGAAUCACAGGGAGUUUGCAGGUAAUAUUCAAUGUUAGCCUGAUUCAGUCUCAGAAAUCAAGAUGGUUGUAAUUAUAUCAUUAAUGACUAAUUAGUUAUAAAGAAAGGUCCCCAAAUUCCAUCAACAUCUCUUAGAAAUUUGAUAGAUGUCAGUAGCAGUAGAACUGUUUAGAUAAAAGAAUUAGUUAAACAUACUUUAUAAUCUUGGAGCAAGUAUCUUUUGGAAAAUCAAUUUUAGUAUUCUGCUCCUGGAAUAUUUCCAUUGUAGUUGUUCAUAAUUUAUUAGCUAUUCGUCUUAAAGACAUGCAGAAAGGACUGUGUUUAUCUUGGUUUAUGUUGCCAAGGUCUUCUAGUUUCAGUAGAACCAUAAUUGCUUACUUUAGGUUAAUUCCUCAGCAGGUGUCAUUUGGCAGUGAAAUUACUUAGAACAGCAUUAAAAUGAUAAUUUAUUGUAAAUCUUAUUAAUUAGCUAUCCAUUUAGAAAAAAAUCACACUAAUUUGUUGGUGUCCAAGAUGAAAACAAAAGUAGCGCAGUUAACAUUUUUUAUAAUCACUGUUUAAAAAUAAAGGCUCAGCUUCAGUUUUUCUCAGAGAUGAUGAUUUUUCAGUAACUGUCAGAAUACUAAAAAUAGAGAGCUGAACAGCCACAGCGUGGCUGAAUUGUUUUGAGGUGGAAAAAAGAAAAGACAAAUAAUUGAACACAUUGGUUUUUUCUUUUAGUUAAAAACAGGUGGUCGUUUGGGAAGAUAGGAAGUUUGUUUGAUAAUCCUCUAUGCUGUGAACUGUAUUUUCUGUUAUUCAUGAGCAUUCUGUAUUUCAUUCCUUUUAAGUUCUUUGACAACACAUGUUCAUGUUCAAAAUUAGCAAGAAUUUUAUGCUAUGAGCAAUAUGUGCAUGCUGAAAUAUUUUUUAAUCUGUUGCUUUUCUUGUGAGUAGAUAAAUCAGAUGCAUUGCUUCUGUUAAAAAAACUGUAGGAAAAAGUAUUCUAUAGUCUCUGGGGACAGAGAGUUGGGUUUUGUCCUGUUAAUGCAGGUCUGCUUUUUUUUUUUUUUUUUUCCUUCACAAGGUGGCAGUCUUGUGCCAUCUUUUUGAGAUGACCAACUGCUUAAUGCAAUGCUGCUUGAAGUCAUAGCAUCAGGGUUUUUAGCAAGACUAUUUCUGAGAAUUAGAAAAAUUCAAGUUCUGUCAUGGCUGAUUGCUUGUUUUAGUAACAGAUUUAGCUAGAAUAUCCUUGUAUGUAAUUUUAAAUAUAUAUUGUAUGUUAAGCUCUAGAAGAAGAGCAAGUUUUGCUCGUCUUUAAAAUGUCUUAUUUUGCUAUUUUUGGUAUUUGUGGAAUUUUCAUGUCUGGUCUGAGAGAACAAAAUGAAACUUGAAAGCUUACUGUUGAAAUGAUGUCAUUGUUUUGUUGCUUAGAAAGUUAGCAAAUUUCCUUCUGCUGUUUUAUUAUUAAAUUUCACAGAAUUCUUUUUUUUUUUCACAUAUUCAUUCUAUUCAUUGCUGCCUAAAGAGAAAAAAAUGGAGGACAAAUUGAAGAAAGCAAAGUAAUUAUACUUUUGAGACUCAGACAUGGUGAUUUUCUGAAAUACUCACUAUUUUUAAUUGGAUGAUGCACAUAUGAAAUAUAAAUGCUCAAAUGUCUGUUAGCCCUAUAGUAGUUGACAUACUGCAUUUCAAAUGCAUCACCUAGUUUUUGUGUAGUGAAAAAGUAUAAAGCCAGAGUCCGUGAAAAUGACUGCUUCCAAUUAUCUCUAGUUCUUUGUCUAUAUUCACCGUCCUGAUUUUUUUUCCGUGAAAAGCUUUGCUUUCCUUGCUUAUCUCGUUAGAUAGGAUAUGCUUUUUAUUUUCAAUUCAGUGACAUUUGUAUGUCAGCUGAGGCGUCUUCAUGCCUUCAUGUUAAGAAAAACAUACUUCUUAAAAGUAGGCUUUAGAUGAAUUCAGAUAAUUGGGUUUACUAACAAAUAUCAUUUUGCAAACAAAAAUAAUCUCUCCAUGAGACAGAAAUGCUAACCUAGCUAGCAAUGUGUAGCUAAUAUGCCCUUAAUUUGUGAGGUUUUGUGCUUAACCUCGGAAUAUGCUCAGGGCCUCAUGCUGUUCCUUCAGCUUCAGGGAUAUUUGGGAUAUGAGGAGCAGGAAGCAAGAGGAAAAAGAUUUGUACGGAUAAUUGCCAUUGCAGUGCUGCCAUAGCUAGGAGUGUGCAACGUAACCAGGAGCAGAAAUGAACGGGGUGCUUUUGGGGGUUUUGGGGCACUGCUGUAUUUAGCAGUGCGCCGAGGCUUGCUGAAGUAUGUGGUGGUACGGGGGAGUUGUUUGCCACGCGUGAGCAGAAACGUCUGCUCCGCUGGAGGGAGAAGCUGCUUGUUGCUUAGAGCUGGCCUGAUCACUGUGAGAAUGUUCUUGCUGAAACUUGGGAGCUAAUUGGUUUGUAGAAAGAUGUUUUGGUACUUGGCUGUGGAUCUGUAAAUAAAAACUGUUCUUACUGUGUU